AUGACUACAGCGUUGCCAUUAACCUCAUCAGCAGCUCCGCCCGUCAGCCCGGACUCUAGCCUACAGGCGAUCAACGGCGCAACCGACGACAUCCCCACCCUGACCUUCUACCACCACCCACUCUCCCCGUUCGCACGCAAAGUCUGGAUGACCGCGAUCGAGCACGACCUCACCAAGUACAUCACCCCCAAGAAGAUCGUCGUCGCGCCAGUCGUGACACCCAAAGCCUUUCCUGGAUGGAGCGAGCACAACGACCUGCUAGGAAAGUUCAAUCCCAUCGCUAAGAUUCCGACUUUGGUUGUCAAUGAAGGGCAGGGUGGUGAGGAGUAUGCGGUCUACGACUCGAAGAUUAUUUGCGACUUCCUUGUGGACUUUGCUGGGCGAUUGGCAGGCGGCAAUACUGACAACUCAGUGGACGUGAGGAAGGACGCCAUGUACUGGAAGAAGCAGUCGCUGCACCGCUGCGCAGACCAGAUGAUGGAUUCAGAGAUCCUGGUGGCGUAUGAAGAGAGGAUGCGGGAGGCUGAGGGCAUCAAGUGGGACCAGUGGAUCGUCGGAAUGCGGAAGAAGAUCGAACGCGGCUCUGGCGUGUUGAGAGAUGCUGCUAGGGGUGGCUUGCUGCCUGCCAGAAGGAGCGCUGAUUCAGGACUCCCCAGGACUCUCGGUGGUGAAGAGAUCGCUGUGGCAUGCUGCUUGUGGUUCCUAGAUGUGAGAGGGAUUAGCUGGCAGAAAGACGGUGAAGAUGAGCCGUUGCAGGAUUGGAAAGAUGAGCAGGCGGACCAGGAGGAGGCACAGCAAUCGCCCAUCCUCUCGGCCGAGACCUCCGAGCUGAAGCGUGACUCGUGGAUGGAGGCGCCGCCCAGUGCAGACAUCCAGUAUGUGCAGAAGAAGAGAGCUGAGUCACCUCCCAAGGCUGCGACGCUGGGCAUGAGCUUGGACCUGAAGAUUCACGAGAAGGAGCUAAAUCACCACCUCAAGGAUUUGAAGAAUGACCAAGUGCAAGAGGAACUGGAGGCCCUGCCUUCCAAUCACGAGGUGAACUACACGAUUGGCGAUGCUGGCUCGCAUUGGCGCAUGACGACUCUGAAAGCAGUAUAUCGAAAGGCGGAAGAGACGGGUCAAAAGAUCGAAGAUGUUGCUCUUGAGCGCUACACAUCUCUACGCGAGUUCGACGACGCUCGAGAAGAAGAAAUUGAGCUUGAUCGAAGGAAGACAUAUGGCAAAGACUAUGUCGGCAAAGAAAAGCCAAGCGGCGAGCUCUACCAAGAACGCAAACUCGACGCCGGUGUACACAGACACAAAGAGGAGGACCUCGACGAUGAAUUCGACAACGUGUUGGACAACGUCAAAGCACCCGCCCCAGUCGCCGCGCCGACCCCAAAACUCGACUCAACCGCGCUCAACAAAUUAAAAGCACAACUCAUGAAGGCCCGAUUGAAGAAAGACCCAAAUCUCACCCAACUCGAGGCCGAGUACAACGCCGCUCUAGCCGCCUCGACCACCACUGAUCCCACCAUAAUCCAGCUCUCUGCCAUGGACAACCGCAUGCUGUCCUCCGCUCCACGCAACGAGGUCAAACCCGUCACCAACCGCCGUGGCCUUGAACGCGGCACCGUCGUCGACAACGAAGACAUGACCAUCGACGACAUGGUCCGCGAGGAGCGUCGCACUGCGAACUCCGCCAACGCUGGCCGCAACAUGGCUGAGCGCAUCGCCAAGGACGGCAAGUUCACCAACGACCUUGACUACAUGGACGAGAAUGCGAACAAACUCGCCCAACGCGUCCAGAAAUCUUCCUCGACCAUCCGCAACAUCGCCAUCAACGAUUACCAAAAGCUCAAUCGCGUCCUCGAGUCCUGCGCGCUGUGCUACCACGAAGACCAUCCGACCGAUCCCUCGCCCAUCGCCCCGGUCGUAUCACUCGCAACGCUCACCUACCUCACACUGCCCACAGAGCCCUCCCUCUCGCCCUACGCCGCGCUCAUCGUACCGGUCCAGCACCGGACCAACCUCCUCGAAUGCGACGACGACGAAUGGACUGAGAUCCGCAAUUUCCAGAAGUCCCUUACACGCAUGUACCACGACCAAGGCCGCGCCGUCAUCUUCUACGAGAACGCCGCUCGGCCCAACCGGCAUCCGCACGCCGCAAUGGUUGCUGUUCCCUUACCUUAUGAACUCGGCAGCACGGCGCCAGCAUUCUUCCAGGAGGCGUUCUUGAGCACGGAAGGGGAGUGGUCUCAGCACAAGAAAAUCAUUGAUACGCUCGCGAAGUCCAAGAGUGGUGGGUUCGGGAAGACUGCUUUCCGGAAGAGCAUUGCGAAGGAAAUGCCGUAUUUUCACGUGUGGUUCGAGAUUGAUGGCGGGUUGGGACAUGUCGUGGAGGACGAGGGCCGGUGGCCGAGGGGCGAUCUGUUUGCGCGGGAGAUCAUCGGCGCGGGCAUGUUGGGCUUGGGAGUGGAAGUAUGGAAGAAGCAGGGUCGGUGGGAGAAGGGCGCGAAUAGCAGAGAGAAGGUGGAGGGUUUCAGGAAGCGGUGGCGGAAAUUUGAUUGGACGAGAGUAUUGGUGGAAGGUGGUGCGUGA